AUGCCUCACAGCACGGAGUCCCUCAAGCUCACCAGCGCCAACUUGUCCACGUUCGCUUCGCAGCAGGGUGAGAGGAGCGUCAAGACGCCGACCUACGCCCGCGAUGGCGUGAAGCACGGCAUCGUCCACGUCGGCGUCGGCGGCUUCCACCGCGCCCAUCUCGCCGUCUACGUCGACCAGCUCAUGCAGAAGCACGACCUGCGCGACUGGGCCAUCUGCGGCGUCGGCCUGCGCCCCAACGACGCCGCCAUGCGCGACGUCCUCGAGGCCCAGGACCACCUCUACACCGUCAUCGAGCGCUCCGCAAAGGGCAGCUUCGCCAACGUCGUCGGCAGCAUCACGGGCUUCCUCUACGCCCCCGACGACCGCGAGGCCGUGAUUGCCAAGAUGGCCAGCCCGGACACUCACAUCGUGUCCCUGACGAUCACGGAGAGCGGGUACUACUACAACGAGAACACGCACGAGAUGCACGCCGACCACCCGGACAUCGUGCACGACCUCGCUCAUGGCGACGCCCCCGUGAGCACGUUCGGCUUCCUGUACGCCGCGCUGGCGAGGCGCCACGCCGCGGGCCUGAAGCCCUUCACCGUGAUGAGCUGCGACAACAUGCAGAAGAACGGCAGCAUCACGCGGCACAUGCUGCAGUCGUUCGCGCGGCUGCGCGGGGACGCGGCGGUGGCGGAGUGGAUCGCGGCGGAGGGCGCGUUCCCGAACGCGAUGGUGGACCGCAUCACGCCGAGCACGUCGCCGGCGGAUAUCGCCUCGCUGGCGGCCAAGUUCGGCGUCGAGGACGCGUGGCCGGUCGUCACGGAGCCGUUCAUGCAGUGGGUCAUCGAGGACAAGUUCAGCGACGGGCGCCCGCCGUUCGAGAAGGUCGGCGUGCAGGUCGUCGAGGGCGUGCACGAGGUCGAGCAGUUUGAGAAGCACAAGCUGCGCCUGCUGAACGCGAGCCACUCGGCCAUGGCGUACCCGGGCCAGCUGGCGGGCUUCAAGUACGUGCACGAGGUGAUGGAGCACCCCGUCUACAGGCAGUUUGUGUGGCAGAUGAUGCAGCAGGAGGUGAAGCCUUUGCUGCCUGAGAUUGCGGGGGUUGACAUCGACGAGUACUGCAACACGCUGAUGGAGCGGUUCUCGAACCCGACCAUCAUGGACGGCAUCCCGCGCGUGGCGCUGGGCGCGUCGGGCAAGAUCCCGCAGUUCAUCAUGCCGUCGAUCGCGGAGCAGAUCUGGGUUACCGGCCCGUUCAGGAGGCUGUGCUUCGUGGCGGGCGCGUGGUUCCGCUACAUCAACGGCGUGGACGACGAGGGCGAGAACUUCGAGGUCGACGACCCGAUGAAGGAGGAGCUGCAGGCGCUGGCGAAGGCGGGCGGCAACCACCCGGGCCAGCUGCUCACGAUCAAGCACCUUUUCGGUGACGAUUUGCGCGGCGACGAGCGCUUCGUGAACGAGGUCGCCAAGGCGAUGGAGCUGAUUGCCAAGGACGGUGUCAUGGCUACGCUCCCCAAGUACGUCGACUAA